AGUCAGAGUCUGUUUUCCAGCAUUCCUCAGAAUAUCUUCCUUUGGUCAACAGAUGAUAGAAAUUCAUGCAGGUUUGGAUCUAGUGGAGGAUGAGAUGAUGGUGAACUGUCCCUUUAAAUCCACUGUCCUGUCGAUCCAGAUAAUUUACCGCGCAGAACUGACGUCAAACCAACCAGAAUUCAUCCUCUCCUACUCACUAACCAAUGAGAGUGCCGGGAUCUCUGGCCCCGCCCGCACGCUAAGGCAGUGGGCGUGGCCAGGCUGAAUGAAUGAGAGCAGAGCCCGCGCGCGCGCUGAUGAUCAGAAACUUUCCUCAGUGUUCGGUGUUUAUGGUCGGGUUUCCUCAGCGCUGUGUUCAGUUGUUCGCGCUCUCUGUCGCUCAUUGGUGGUUUAUGACGAGAUCCUGAAGGGGAUUUUAGCGUCGCGGUGAAAUACUGAGGAAUCCCUGCAGGAAGAGUUUAAGAUGGCAGAGGACUCUGAGCAGAGAGCAGUGCUGAUGGAGAUCCCGGAGCCACAGGCCAAACUCACAGGAUGUCUGAGGAGAUCCUACAUGGACAUCUUGUGUUCGCGUCAAACUGUGGGAGGGAAACUGCGCACACGCCGCUGCGGCAUCACACACACUGUGAACACACACUCUCGCACCACUGAUGAUCAUCAGACAAACGACUCCAAACAGCUGCUCAACAGCCUCCGGCUCGCAGAACAGUCGGUGUGUGUGCUGUCCGCAGACGUGCGCGUUCUGCUGUGUGAUCUGCAGCAGAAGAAGAGCAGCGUCUUCAUCUCCAUCCCGUACUCUCGGCUCGCCUCCAACCGUGACGCUCGCUGCUACCGCAAGGCGCAACCACACCUGCUGGCCUUCAGGCGAUCAUGUCAGGACGGGGGGCGUGUCCUCCUGCAGGACUCCCAGUGGGCGGAGCUUUUGCAGUUUGUCCUGUCGGCAUGGCGAUACACCAGUGAGCUGCCGCGGUGGGAGAGGAGUACCCAUAAUGCACUGCAGGAGCACUGCUACAACACACUCGCAGCGUACUGCUGCACAGCGCUGCAGAAACACACACCGCCCGUACGCAGAGCAAGAGCACUCCUGCGCAGGUUUAGAGCAGCUACAGUGUGUAAGCGCGUGGUCUCUCCGUGUGUGCAGCAGCUGGAGAAAAUCCUGCAGGAGUAUCAGAGUGGAGAAACACACACACACACCCUGAUGGAGACGCGCUUCAGACCCGCUGGACAACACACACCAGUCAUGUGACCCGCCAGACCACAGCCUCACGACCCACAAUCCCCUGCAGCAGAGGCAUCAUUACACAAACACUUGUGUGUUUUCUGCAGCUGUAAAUAUGUGUGUGUGUGUGUGUGUGUGUGUGCGUGUGUGUGUGUGUGUGUGUGUGUGUGUGUGUGUGUGUUGCACUUUUAAUUGUCUGUAAGUAAUAAACACCUGUGUUGUGUUCAAGGAGCGUCUGCUUU